UUCUUUCUCUGUCUUCACUUUUACUCUCUCGCUUCUUCUACUUCAUCUCUCUUCGUCUCUUUGAAUUUCGUCACCGUUUCCGCCGCAAGAAAACCGUGACUCACCCUCAACCGUGACGUGCGUGAUCCACCUUCGUCUUUCUCAAUGGAAAUCGAACUAGCCGUAACUCCUCCCGUCGCACAGCAACCGCAACCCGUAACUCCUCCCGCCGCACAGCAACCGCAACCCGUAAUUCCUCCCGCCGCACAGCAACCGCAACAGCAACAACAAACACGAUCCGGAAGAUUCUUCCGAUGCCUCUUCACUUGUAUCUUCUACACGCAACUAACCCUAAUCUCGAUCUUUGUGAUCCUUCUCACGCUACGAGGUCUCGUCUGCACCAAAUCACCAAACUUCCAUCCCAAGAAAUGGUACACUCCUCUGUUAUCCUCUGUUGCUGUCUCCGGAAUCCUCUCUGUAGCCUGGAAUUGCUUCUUCGUCUGCAACAAACGAGCAACAGUCAAAGCCACGUUCUGGUUCUCACCGUUACUCACAAUCUCCGUGGGGCUCUUCCUAAUUCUCUACGACAAAACCAAUCCCGUUGUUCUAUUGAUAGGUGCACUUCUUGUGGUCUAUAGCAUCGUUACUGAAUGUUAUGGCGGGCUUUACGUCAGGAACAAGUAUGAAUUCACCUUCAAGAUGAUGUCAAUCGCCACAGGGAUGUUACCAGCAAGAACCAGAGCAAUAGCAAUUGUAUCAGUGAUCAUAAGCGUCUUUUACUCUGGUUUCUUGGUUGCUGGAAUCGGUGGAGCUACUGCUACAAGAACACGUCUUGAUAUUCUUUUCAUCUCUAUCCUCGUGAUAAGCCUUGCCUGGACAAUGCAGGUUCUCAAAAACGUACAAGAAGUCGCGAUUUCGAAAGCUACUUAUGUAUACUUUAGGCGUGAUGAGGUCAUGAAUGCAUGUACUGCUCUUGGUGUCACUCUGAAAAAACAGCUCGGGAGUGUUUGUAUUGCUUCAACACUUGUUCCACUUAUUGUACUCUUUAGGGGAACGACGCGGUGUUGUAAUCUGACUGGCAGGUGUGACGACGAUCAGGAGAUGUAUGAAAGUACCCGAGGCUGCAAUUGGAUUGCCAAUCAUAUCAUUUUGGGUGGAAAUAGAUAUGGAUUUGUUCACGUGGGAGCUUAUAACAAAGGGUUUAAGAAAGCGUCUAGUGAUACCUGGAGGAGGUUUAGAACAGUCGCUGGAUUUGAGCAGUUGAUUGAUUUUGACAUCACAAGCUCCAUCUGUUUCUCUAGCGCCAUGGGAAUUGGUGCAGUCUCUGCAUUGACUGCAGGAAUAUGGGAGCUUCUGAUUGAUAGGGAUCACUACUUUGAACUGACUAUCUACGCUUUCAUCAUCGGAUACUUUGUGGGGAGAGUUUCAUCUGCGUGGCUACAAGCUUGUGUGAUGGGUUACUAUGUAGCUUAUUCUGAGGAUCCACAGAACGAUAGGUUUGAUGACACGAUUCCACAACGUAUUGUGCGACAAAAUAUCGAAAAGGCACAAAGAGAAGCUAUAGAAGGAAAUGUACAUACAAAGUGAGACGAGAAUGAUUCAGUUCUGAUCCUUUCCCUGCUUUAUAUUCUUGCUCUUUGAUCCGUUGUCUGUAUCUGAUUGCAUAAAUAGUGGAAAGAGCAGUAAAAGAGAAUUAUGGUU